AACUGACCGUGAAUGCUUGCUAGUAACGUUAAAGCUAAUGCAGAUAAACUCUUAUCAUGACAAAGCGUUCCAUUAACGUAAACGCUGUCAAAUAUAUUACAUUAAUAUAAUCGUAGUUUACUCAUUAAUAACAGUAAUAUCCCAAUAUAAGGUUGACUUGUUAUGCAAAACUGAACUGAAAGUGCAACAUAACAAUUCACGUCAUGAAUUCUCUUCUAUGCUCGUGCUGCGGCCAGUGGAGGAGGAUGAAGCAGCCUCUGAGAGUCUGGUGCUGAACCGAGCUGUGGCUAAAAAUGACCAUUUCCUGCUGGCUGAGCUACUGUCACAAGAACACUACAGGAAGUGCAUUAAUCAGCAGAGCGGUUGGGGGAUCCCAGGUACACCGUUACGCAUGGCUGCUUCCAAAGGUCACCUGAGGUGUCUGCAGUUGCUCCUGGCCCAUGGGGCAGAUGUAGACCGCCUUGAUGUUAAAGCCCAGACCCCUCUUUUCACCGCUGUGUGCGGGCGUUACUUGAGCUGCGUGAUUGCGCUUCUCCGUGCUGGAGCUAAUCCGAAUGGAAGCCACCUGAACAACAGCUCGCCCGUGCUCACCGCUGCCCGAGAGGGCGACCCCGAGAUCCUCCGCCAGCUGCUUCAGCACGGGGCGGAGGUCAAUGCCAGGUCAAAGGUGACGCUGUGGGCCUCAGGGGUUGCUGUGUGCAGCGGUCCACUUUACCUGUCAGCCAUAUAUGGACACCUGGAUUGCUUCAAAAUGUUGCUGUUAUAUGGGGCAGAUCCGAACUAUAACAGCCCGGAAGAGAAGGUGAACGGCAGAGCCACGCAGCAGAAGACGGUCCUGGAAUUGUGUUUGAGACAUGGCUGUGCAGUCGAAUACAUUCAACUGCUCAUUGACUUUGGGGCAAACGUCUACCUGCCGACCCUCAUUAUAGAGAAGAGCACCAAACAGAACGAAGCUGUUGAGCUGUUGCUGAAAGAGCGAGGGUGCCCGAAGACUCUCGCAUCUCAGUGUAGAUUGGCCAUUCGUAAACACCUGAUACAGGUGAACAAGAUUCAGUCUUUGGACUCUCUGGAGAUUCCACCCAGGCUCAUCGACUAUCUCAAACACAAGCCACACAAGAGUGCACUGGUUUACUGACAAAACAGAUUACCCUCCACGGUGCCUUUACUAAAGGACAGACUCAUUCACUCACACAUAGACUGGACAGGUAGACCAUACAGACAUCUAGAGGGACAGAAACAGACAGAAGAUCUGGACUAAUUACGUGGACUCACUUGUAUGCAAAAUAAGAGAUGGAGCGAUAUACUGCUACUAACAACCAUGGUUUACAUAUAUGUAAUGUGUUAAACUUGAACAUCCACAUAAAUCAAUUAGCUUUAAUCUCUUUCAGAUUUGAUUGUGUAAUAUUACCAGUAGUGUUGCUGCAAAUGCUCUCGAGCAGUGG